UGGCAAGUCUAGCCCCCUGCCCCAAGCCCAGCGCCUGGACUGCUGUUCUCCACUCCUGCCCCUCGGUCCUUUGGGGAAUUUGCUCUCAGGGCCAGUCUGGGGCAGGAGGAUGCUUACUCAGCCCCACCAUGGAGCUGCGCUGUGGGGGACUGCUGUUCAGUUCCCGCUUUGACUCAGGGAACUUGGCCCAUGUGGAGAAGGUGGAUUCUGUGGCUAGUGAAGGGGAGGGGGGCGGGAGUGGGGGAUCAGCCCCCACCACCGGCGGAAUAUCCUCCACCUCUGACUACGAAUUCAACGUGUGGACACGGCCUGAUUGUGCUGAAACAGAAUAUGAGAAUGGGAACAGGUCAUGGUUCUACUUCAGUGUCCGGGGAGGAGUUCCAGGAAAACUCAUAAAGAUCAACAUCAUGAACAUGAACAAGCAAAGCAAACUGUACUCCCAGGGCAUGGCACCCUUUGUGCGCACACUACCCACUAGACCUCGUUGGGAACGAAUCCGUGACAGGCCUACCUUUGAGAUGACAGAGACACAAUUUGUGCUGUCCUUUGUGCACCGCUUCGUGGAGGGUCGUGGGGCCACCACCUUCUUCGCCUUCUGCUACCCCUUCUCCUACAGUGACUGCCAGGAUCUGCUGAACCAGCUAGACCAGCGCUUCCUGGAGAACCAUCCUUCUCUUAGCAGUCCUUUAGAUUCCAUCUAUUACCACCGAGAACUCCUUUGCAACUCUCUGGAUGGACUUCGAGUAGAUCUGCUGACUGUGAGUUCCUGUCAUGGGCUUCGAGAUGAAAGAGAACCCCGUCUGGAGCAGCUAUUUCCUGACACCAGCACACCCCGGCCAUUCUGUUUCUCAGGCAAGAGGAUAUUCUUCUUGAGUAGCAGAGUGCACCCUGGGGAGACACCAUCUAGCUUUGUCUUCAAUGGUUUUUUGGACUUUAUCCUUCGACCUGAUGACCCUCGUGCCCAGACCCUACGUCGUCUUUUUGUCUUUAAGCUAAUUCCCAUGUUGAACCCAGAUGGUGUGGUACGGGGUCAUUAUCGGACAGACUCACGAGGAGUGAACUUGAAUCGUCAGUAUCUAAAGCCAGAUGCAAUCCUGCACCCAGCCAUCUAUGGGGCUAAGGCAGUGCUGCUCUACCACCAUGUGCACUCGCGUCUGAAUCCCCAUACUCCCUCUGACCACCAGCCCAAUCCCCAGCCCUCAGCCCCACCUGGUCUUCUUUCUGAACUUGAAAAAACCUACAAUCUCCAUAGUGAGGCUGACCUUGGACUCUCAGCUGAAGGGGACAGUCCUGAGUCCUGGAACCAAACUGAACCAGCAAGCCAGGACCCCAGUAGUUUGUGGUUUUUGGAAUCAGAAUCUAGUGAGGUGGAACCAGCCCCUGAAACCAUUCCCCCCAAGGAGAGUGGUGUGGCCUACUAUGUGGACUUACAUGGACAUGCCUCUAAAAGGGGAUGUUUCAUGUAUGGAAAUAGCUUCAGUGAUGAGAGUGCCCAGGUGGAAAACAUGCUAUAUCCAAAGCUCAUCUCCAUGAAUUCAGCACACUUUGACUUCCAAGGCUGCAAUUUCUCAGAGAAGAACAUGUAUGCGCGGGAUCGUCGAGAUGGCCAGUCUAAGGAGGGCAGUGGGCGAGUCGCCAUCUACAAAGCCUCAGGGAUCAUCCACAGCUACACACUUGAAUGCAACUACAACACUGGACGCUCAGUAAACAGUAUCCCUGCUGCCUGCCAUGACAAUGGGCGUGCCAGCCCCCCUCCCCCACCUGCCUUCCGAUCCAGAUACACUGUGGAACUCUUUGAACAGGUAGGGCGGGCUGUGGCCAUUGCAGCCCUGGACAUGGCAGAAUGCAAUCCCUGGCCACGAAUUGUCCUGUCAGAGCACAGCUGUCUCAACAACUUGAGAGCCUGGAUGCUGAGACAUGUUCGUAACAGCAGAGGUGUAGGUAACAGCCUUAAUGUAGGCAUCAACAAAAGGAGAGGCUCUCGAACCCCACCAAGAGGCCCCAAUGGUUUGCCUAUAUCAUGCUCUGAAAAUACCCUAAGCCGGGCCCGAAGCUUCAGCACUGGUACCAGUGGCAGCAGCCAACAGAACUCUCCACAGAUCAAAGCUUCACCCAGCUUUCCCUUUCAUAGCAGUCGGUCCACAGGGCUACCUGGCCUGGGCCUUGGCACCCAGAAAAGCAGCCAUCUGGUGCUGGGCCCCGUUAGAGAUGCAGGGAGCACAACAGAGGAAAGAGAGGACUGCAGCAACACAGGAGGGAAGCACAGACAAGGUCAUGGGCAGAGCUGGGUUACUACAGACUGGAAAAUCCGAGCAGAGUCCCGGGGCCAGGACAGGAGACGUCGGCAGCAACCACUGACCAGUCGCCCUAUCACAAGCAGCUUGGACUCACCCCCAACUCCUCCUAGUGCUGGCCCAGUCCCUUCAAGAAACAUAGGCACUUGCUUACUGCCUACCUCACUUGGUAUAGCAGGGAGUAGCUGCUCACUCCUGUCUGCAGGGGAUAAACCAGAAACUGUCAUGGUUAUCGGGAAGGGGCUGCUGGGGAGUGGGUCUCGCACCCCCUGCAUCAGGGCUCGACUGCAGAACUGCCCGAGGAGAGUUUCCGCCAGGAGGGGUCCCGGAUUCCCCAGAUGCCAGAAUCAAGUCCAGGAAGUGAGAAGCUCAGGGGAAGAGUCUAGCCCUCAGCACCACCCCCUAUCCAUACAGGCUAGGCCCGGGUUGGGCCGGGGCUCAUCGCCGCCUGGCAGAGGGAUGAGAGGCUCUUCGGGCCCCACAUCCCCCAUCCCCCGAACCAGGGACAGCUCUGAGCCAGAGCCAGGAUCCUGCUCUGUUGCACCAGGGCUGUACCUGGUUGGGCCCCCACGGCCCCACUCUGCCCCUGCCUCCUCACUUCUGUCCUGUUCCAUCAUUUGCUCCCAGCCCCCAACUUGUUACAGUGGGGAGACACUAGGACAUCCUGAGGAUUGUUCUAUUAUCAAGCCCCCCCAAUCACUCAGUCUCCCAGCAUACGAUAUUGCCCCUGACUCCAUGGCAGGACAUCCUUCCAUGAUUUUAGGGCACAGGAAAUGCCCUAAUCAGUUGCUUCUCCCACUGUAACAACCAUAGCUCCUUAGAGAGUCAGCCUCAUUGUUCCAGGCCCACUUUGGAGCAGGACAAAGGAGCAGGGACCUCCCAGCCCCAUCCCUCCCUCCACAGCACAGGAAUUUGGGACUAUAUAUAUAUAUAUAUUUUUUUUUAUAUUGGUGGGUUGGAAAGGGAAUCAGCUCCUACACUGAGCCCUAUUCAGCGGCAGAUUUUUGCCUCUGGCUUGUUUCAUAGGAUAGGGAAGACUUUGAGGAAAUAAAAGUUGUUUGGAAAAAACAAGAAGAAAUGUUUGCUAUUUUGAAAGGUGGACAGGAUUGAACAUAGUGUAAAGAGCCCCCCUACCACACACACUCCAUCUAGCUUCAGACGUUAUCAGGGGACCCUGGAAAAGAGGAGAGAAUGUUGCUUCGGCAGCCCCCUUCCUGUGGAAGAAGGCCAGAGGGACAGACGUCUCCAAAGAUUUCUCCCUCACCCAAUUCCUGGACAGCCUUUUCUUCACGGCCAACCUGAAGACCCACACAGGGUGAUCUGCGGCUCCUUACCCACUGUGCAUAGAAACCAUUCCAGCUCUUCCCCACUCC